AUGAGGGCCAGGCAUAAUGUCUCCAUUGAAAGGAUCUGGAUCUACUCAGACAACGAGCGAAAGGAAUCCCACUCAAAGCCAUCUACCACCACCACGAAACUCUUCCCACGCGCUCAGGCGGAUGUCGUAGCCCCGCCCUCUGACGCACGUACCGGAAAAAGCCCGCAGGGGCCGCUCUGGCCGCCGGGAGGACUGCUCAUCUCGGUGAUGCUGGGCGGUGCAGGCGGACUUAAUUCACUCAAAAGGACAAAUAUCAUACUGCAGCAUCUGGUAAUGUCGAAACACACAAAUGCAACAGCAGAAGUGCUAUUGGAAAAACAAGGUGGUGCAGGAGUCAUCACACUGAACAGACCCAAGAGCCUGAACGCCUUGACUUUGACCAUGAUUCAGCAAAUUUAUCCACAGUUAAAGAAGUGGGAACAAGAUCCAGGAACAUUCCUGAUCCUUAUAAAGGGAACUGGAGGAAAAGCUUUCUGUGCUGGUGGUGAUAUUAGAGUUCUCUCUGAAUCUGUAAAAGCAAACCCAAAGCUAUCUCAAGAUUUGUUCAGAGAAGAAUACAUCCUUAAUAAUGCUAUCGCUUCUUGCCAGAAACCAUUUGUUGCACUUAUUAAUGGAAUUACAAUGGGUGGAGGAGUUGGUGUUUCAGUUCAUGGGCACUUUCGAGUGGCUACUGAAAAGACUCUCUUUGCAAUGCCAGAAACAGGAAUUGGGCUAUUUCCAGAUGUUGGUGGAGGUUAUUUCUUGCCACGGCUUCAAGGAAAACUUGGUUACUUCCUAGCUUUAACAGGAUUCAGGCUGAAAGGAAGAGAUGUGCACAAAGCAGGGAUUGCUACGCACUUUGUAGAUUCUGAAAAGUUGAACUUGUUAGAGGAAGACUUGUUAGCCCUGAACUCUCCUUCAAAAGAAGAUAUUUCAGAUGUCUUAGACACUUACCAUACAAAGUCCAAGAUUGAUCAAGACAAGCCUUUCAUACUGGAGGAACACAUGGAAAAAAUAAACAGUUGUUUUUCAGCCAAUACAAUAGAACAGAUUAUUGAGAAUUUACAACAAGAUGGUUCAUCUUUUGCUCUAGAGCAGAUAAAGAUUUUGAAAAGAAUGUCUCCAACAUCCCUCAAGAUCACUCUAAGGCAACUCAAAGAAGGAUCUUCAAAGACAUUGCCAGAAGUGUUAAUUAUGGAAUAUCGCUUAAGUCAAGCUUGUAUGAGAGGCCAUGAUUUUCAUGAAGGCGUUAGAGCAGUUUUAAUAGAAAAAGACCCAAAUCCGAAGUGGAAACCAGCUGAUCUAAAAGAUGUUACUGAUGAAGAUGUGAAUAAUUAUUUUCAAUCCCUGGGAAGCAAUGAUCUGAAAUUUUGA